GGCUGAGCGCCGCCAGUCCCGGGAGCCCAGCGCUGGGCUGCAAAGGGCCCUGGGGCAGAGCGGGGAGCGGGGUCCGAGAGCCUGCGCAGUGCGGCGGGUGCGUGGCGACCCUGAGAGCCGAGCCGAGCGGGCACGCGCUGUUCAUCACCCGUCGGGACCUCCCCGCGCGUCUCCGGGAGCCAGAGGACCAGCCGGUUCUCCCGCUCCCGCAGCCCCGGAGGUGCAGCCUGUCCUCACGCUCCACCUGCAGCCAUGGAGUCCCCAGUUCAGAUCUUCCGCGGGGAUCCGGGCCCCACCUGCGCGCCGAGCACCUGCCUGCUCCCCAACGGCAGCGGCGGGGUCCCGGGCUGGGCCGAGCCCGACAGCAACAGCAGCGUGGGCUCCGAGGACACGCCGCUGGAAGCCGCCUACAUCUCCCCCGCCAUCCCUGUCAUCAUCACGGCGGUCUACUCGUUGGUGUUCGUCGUGGGCUUGGUGGGAAACUCCCUGGUCAUGUUCGUGAUCAUCCGAUACACUAAGAUGAAGACGGCGACCAACAUUUAUAUAUUUAACCUGGCUUUGGCUGAUGCUUUAGUGACUACCACCAUGCCCUUCCAGAGCACGGUUUAUCUGAUGAAUUCCUGGCCCUUUGGGGAUGUGCUGUGCAAGAUAGUCAUUUCCAUUGACUACUACAACAUGUUUACCAGCAUUUUCACCUUGACCAUGAUGAGUGUGGACCGAUACAUUGCUGUGUGCCACCCUGUCAAGGCGCUGGACUUUCGCACACCCUUGAAUGCGAAGAUCAUCAAUAUCUGUAUUUGGCUCCUGUCUUCAUCUGUUGGCAUAUCCGCGAUUGUCCUUGGAGGAACCAAAGUCAGGGAAGACUUGGAUGUCAUCGAGUGCUCCUUGCAGUUCCCAGAUGAUGAUUACUCGUGGUGGGACCUCUUCAUGAAAAUCUGCGUCUUCGUCUUUGCCUUUGUGAUCCCCGUCAUCAUCAUCAUCAUCUGCUACACCCUGAUGAUCCUGCGCUUAAAGAGCGUCCGACUCCUCUCCGGCUCCCGAGAGAAAGACCGCAACCUCCGGCGAAUCACCAGGCUGGUCCUGGUGGUGGUGGCCGUCUUCAUCAUCUGCUGGACCCCCAUUCACAUCUUCAUUCUGGUGGAGGCGCUGGGGAGCACCUCUCACAGCACGGCUGCCCUCUCCAGCUAUUACUUCUGCAUCGCCUUGGGUUACACCAACAGCAGCCUGAACCCCAUCCUCUAUGCCUUCCUCGACGAAAAUUUCAAACGGUGUUUCAGGGACUUCUGCUUUCCAAUUAAGAUGAGGAUGGAGCGGCAGAGCACUAGCAGGGUCAGAAAUACGGUUCAGGAUCCUGCUUACGUGAGGGAUGUUGAUGGGAUAAAUAAACCAGUAUGACUAGUCGUGGAGAUGUCUUCGUAUAGUUCUCCGGGAAGAGAAGAGUUCAAUGAUCUAGGUUUAACUCAGAUUACGACGGCAGUCUGAGAUGGAAAAGUAAAAUUUCUUACAAACUUUUAGAAGUCUCAUGGUCUGAAGUCAUACAUGAGGCUGUAGUAGUGACCCAGGUCAAUGGAAGCAUCAAGGUUGUAGGAAUUGAGCGAGCAAAUACAACGCCUCAGAAGGGUAGGGAAGCAAGGCUGGUUUCCAGUUCCUCUGAUGAACUAGAAACAAGCCUUUUUCUUCUGGUUGCCUAGAUUUACUUCAGGAGUCAGCUGUCGCGAGCCUCCUAUGCAAUGUGGUUCAAACGCUCUGAAUAGAAAACAAAGCAAAACAAAAUGUUGGUUUCAGAGCCCAGUGGGCAUCCAAUCCCGAUGCUUAACAUUGACAGUAACAACAACAACCAUUUCCAGGGGCCACGCCCAGCUCACUUUAUGCUACAUGGACACACAUUGUGUGGUGAGGAUUCUACCUUAAGUUUGACUUGGACUCAUACCUGAAAAGUCUGAUGUUCAUAUAGAGUAGAAAAUUAUCUUGAUAUUUAAACAUACAAAAGAUGGGUUGCAAUAUAGUUUAAUUCCCCAAAGAACUAUAUUUAUAGCAUGCAAUUCAGAUAAAUAAUCUCAUGAUAAGGUGUGUCCUGAUGCUAAGACAUAAAUUGGUUUAAAUAUCACCAAAAAUAUACGCUAGUACAGCUCCAUCUGUAAAUAAUAGUAUAUGUGUAAACAAGGCAUGGAUUUGCCAUAAAGCCAGGCAGUCUCUUGAGAGCACGUUAAUCAUUUCCCCGAGUCAGUUAGAGGGAUGCUGAGACAUUUUGCUGCAACAUCAGCUUCUCUCUGAGAAUCAGUCAAUGGCGCAUCUCUCUGUGACUCCCCGAGCACCAGUUAGUCCCGUAUAGUGUCCAUAGCGCCACAGAAUAGUUAACUCACUCCCAGGUGGUAGCCUUUGCCGAAUCUAGUUUAUAUGCAACAUCUCUUUAUGAAUAUACUCCUAUUACCAUAUUGUCUGUGUUCGUGAAGGGAAGGCAUUUUGCUCGUGUAAAUCUCAAGUUAUUCUUCUGUGGCUUUUGGUGGAAAGUAGAAUUGGUCCUAACUGUGAGCUGAAUGAGGACAUGAUGUCACUCGUGGUGCUCGGACACCCAUUGCACUGGGUUCUGUGAAGAGCACACCUGAGAGGAUAAUGCCCUGAGCAUCACAUUUAGGGUAAUUUUGCUAAAACUUUGAGAUGACAUAUAAAUUUCCCCUCCCUUUUCCUGAAAAUUGUGGUUUCAGAAGUAAUGGCUUUUUCUGUCAUUUGCCUGGGCAGAAAAGGGGGUAAUUUAAAAAUAACACUCAUCUUUUCUUUAGCCUA